AAACACGGGUAUUGUUUACAGACCAAUGCCAUGUUUUCGGUGGAUAAAUUGGAUUUAAGUACUCCAUGAACUCCAGAAUUCAGACAUCUUGACCCUCAUCUAAAAUGUCUGCUUUACUUACGACCGACUUGGAACCAAAGUUGCACAUCAAAAUAGUGGGCUUGAUUAAAGAGCUACAUUUUCACAUUGCUAAGGCCGUCACUGAGGGACUAAAACAGAAGUUUCCCCGCGAAUUUGUGGAACCAGAAAUUAUUCCAUUACUUGAAUUGGACUGGCAUGCAUUUCUGGACAACCAGAAGAAGGAAAUGCGUGGCGAAAUGUGGCAAUACUCCAGCGGCGUCAUGUGCUUUUUGGACGGCCAGUUCAUCGGGGACGAUGAGGCUCUCGUCGCUUGGGCCAAAGACCAGUGGGCCUUUACGUGCGACCGGCCGGAACCUUCCUGCGUGGACGAAUACUACCUGAAACAUCUCUCCGCAACUAAGCACAGGUUUGUUUACAUGGACAUCGAGAUUGGAGAAGAGCCAGUGGGGAGAUUGUUGUUCGAGCUCUUCUCCAACGUGUGUCCAAAGACGUCGUGGAACUUUGAAGCUCUGUGCACAGGGGAGUCAGUCAGCCAGUCGAGCGCCGGCUAUCCGCUCUGCUACAAGGGCUCCCUGUUUCAUCGGGUGGUGCCCAACGGCUGGGUGCAAGGCGGAGAUAUUACUCCAGAAAGGAGAGGAAAUGGAGGCGAGUCCAUCUACGGACCAACAUUUGAUGACGAGAGCUUUGCUCUUUCUCACACCAAACGAGGAACGCUAGGGAUGGCCAAUAAGGGUCCCCACAGCAACGGCUCUCAGUUCUACAUCACCUUGCAACAAACGCGGUGGAUGGACUUGACGUAUGUUGCAUUUGGUCAAGUGGUGGAGGGUGUCGAUGUCCUCAAGAGGAUAGAAGAAGCCCCGACCACCAACCAAAGGCCCAAGACGGAAUGUAGGGUUGUAAAUUGUGGUGUAUUUAAACUCGAAAAGGAUUGUGUAAAAUAGCAUUUUACAUUACUGUUGAUACCUUACAAUGUUAACCGUGUGUCUCAUUAUAAUGCAUUAUUAUUUUUAUACAUUAUAAAUCAGUAUUGUUCUUAUGAUGCAAUUUGGGCGUAUCUGUGAGGAACCAGGAUGUCCUGGUUUGAGUUCAACCCAGAUCCUCAGAAGUGAGGCAGACUUGCUAACCACAGGUGUCAAACUGUGCUCCUCCAAGGUCAAACUGUCAAGCUGGGUGACAAAAAUGUCUCAAGCCAGACUUUUGCGGUCACACCUUCUGUCUCUGAUAGGUUGCUUUUUUUUUUUGUGGUGUGGUUGCUGCAACCUCUUCCUUUAGUUGGUUGAAAAUGAAUAUUUCAGAAUUGCAAAUACAUCUUUUGUGAUCAUUU